CUUCCCCUCCCAGGGUUUCCGGUCCGGCCCCGGAGUCACGUGACCCGCGGGUCCUCCCUGCACGUGCUGGGACGGGAGUACAGCCCCGCCCGCGAGGGUGACCUCCUCCGCCUGUCUCGGGACGUGCGCUCGCGGCCGUUCCUCUCGUACCGCCGCGGGUUCCCAGCGCUGCGCUCGGGCUGGAGCAGUGAUGGAGGCUGGGGCUGUACCCUGCGGAGUGCACAGAUGCUGCUGGCGCAGGGGCUGCUCCUGCACCGCCUGGGACGUGACUGGACGUGGCCGGAGGCGGAGCCUGAGCCGGAGCCCCGCCCCCUCCGCGCAGGCUCCGCCCCCUGCGCGCUCCGCCCCCUCCUGCGCUGCUUCGGGGACCACCCACGUGCCCCCCUCGGGCUCCAUCGUCUGGUGGCGCUCGGGAGCGGAACCGACGGGGAAUGGUUCGGGCCUGGGGCGGCAGCACACAGCCUGCGGAGGGCGGUCGAGACGUGGCCGGACUCCGGCGGCCUCUCGGUGUACGUGGCCCAGGACUGCACCGUGUACCGUGCCGAUGUGGCCGCCCUGCUGCGGGCCCCGACCGGAGCCGUCAUCAUCCUGGUGCCAGUGAGGCUUGGGGGGGAUGCCCUGAACCCCAUCUACGUGAGGGGCAUCAAGGAGCUGCUCAAGCUGGAAUCCUGCCUUGGGAUCAUCGGUGGCAAACCCCGGCAUUCCCUUUAUUUCAUCGGCUUCCAAGAUGAUUUUCUGCUCUACCUGGACCCCCAUUACUGCCAGCCCUAUGUGGAUACAGAGCAGGAGAACUUCCCACUGCAGUCAUUCCAAUGCAGAUCCCUGCGGAAGAUGCCCUUUGGGAAGAUGGAUCCCAGCUGCACCAUUGGCUUCUAUGCGGGCGCUGGGACCGGGCUGGAUGCGCUCUGCAAGGACCUGAGCCGGGUCCUGGCCCCCCCCACAGCACCCGAGCGUUAUCCCCUCUUCACCCUGGUCGAGGGGGGGGCGCAGGGGAUGGAGCCCCCCCCUCCUCCGGAGACACCGCCCCCCCCCGCGACCCCCUCAGGGGCAGAGGGGUUCGUGUUCCUCUGAGCACACCCCCCCCAUAACCCACAAUGGUUCAGUCCCCAUGGUUCAGAAACUGAACCAUUGUGGGUUAUGGGGGGGGGAACUGAACCAUUGUGGUUUAUGGGGGGGGGAACUGAACCAUUGUGGUUUAUGGGGGAUCUCCAACUACUCAACCCCCCCCCCCCCGGGACUGAACCAUUCUGGGUUAUGGGGGGGAUGGGACUGAAUCAUUGUGAGCUAUGGUGGGGUUCCCAACCCCUCAACUCCCCCCCAUGGGACUGAACCAAAUGGUCAUGGGGGGGUCCCAACCCCUGAAACCCCGCCCCCCCCAUGGGACCGAACCACUGUGGGUUAUGGGGGGGUCCCAACCUCUCAAACCCCCCAUGGGACUGAACCAUUGUGGGUUAUGGGGGGUCCCCAACCCCACAAUGACCCCUCAGGGACACCCACCCCCACCCCUUUGUGCCCCCCCCACCCCAGGGGGGUACCAGACGCUGCUCACGGUGGGGGGGGUCACACGUUAUUUAUUGCUCCCCCCCCAAUAAAGAUGAACUGA